AUGGCAAACUACCACUGGCAGCAAAGCCAGAACUCCUACCCGCCCCUACAGCUCGAGCAAGAGUUCGACUACGUGGGGGAUCGCCAACAACAACAGCAGCAGCAGCAGCCAUAUCUCCAGCAGCGUUAUCAGUCUCCCGAUUCCUACGCAUAUCCCCAGCAACAGCAGCAGCUCCAGCCACAGUCUUCGUCACUUCAUGGCGCAUUUGCCGCCCCACAAAAUCCCGUGCAGUCGCAUAGUCGCUCGUCGUCGGCUACCUUCGUCAACCCCCAGAAUCCACUCAACGCGGGCGCCUACGCGCAGAGCGUCUACGGUUCCCAGCAAAACACCUCGCAGCCGCCCAGUGCUAUGGGUCAGCCCUAUCGCUCUACUUCUUCCAACAACUUCACGUUCUCCGCCCCCACCUCGGCUAUGCAAGGCAUCGAAUCCCGGAGCGGACACAAUCUGACCUCAACCUUCCUUACAUCUUCCUCGGACCCCCUCCGCGAUUCGCUCCCUCAACCUUCCGGAUCGAGCCAGCAGCAGCAGCAGCAAUCGUACUAUCAUUUGCCCUCAAACGAUGUCGCCGGCCAACCUCAGCCAAAGCGACACCAUGGCCAAGCCUUCAAGGACCCCGAAGAUCAAGAGACAGACCCCGCUGCAACAGAGCCGAAAGACGGUAGAGCCAAGUUAGCACGGGCAUGUGCGCGCUGUAAGAACCUCAAGGUUAGAUGCGAAGCCAAAACGGACACGGAGCCAUGCAAACGCUGCUUUAAUGGCGGGCACGAGUGUGUGAUCCCCGGGCGGAAAAUUCGACGGACGCCGCCGAAACGUGAGCACCUUCUCAAUGAGAUCCAGGAGCAGGCCAAGGAGAUCGAGAGGCUCAUGAUGGAGCUCGAAAAGCUCAAUGCGGCUUCGUCAUCAAAGACGCAAGCACAGCGUGCCAACCCGGACCGAAGCGACUCGUUACACUCGCCCGUCCUUUCACCCUCAUCAACCUCCGCCUCAUUCUUCGGUGGCUCAGACCAUGAGCCCACUGUCGCCACUGCAGGUGACGGGGAUAACAACAAUCCGAACGGCGCCCUUGUAGGCACCAAUCCGAACGACCCAGCGGUGAACAAGGCUGUCGAGGACUGGAUCGCCAAGGCGCGCGAGAGCCUGCAUGAGUUCGGUGCCUUCAUCGGGAUUGGUGGCGCGGGAAUGCCAAAAAGCUACCUCGUUGAAGCGGACCUCGAAGACUCGAGUGACGAUGGCGAAGAUGACGAGGAAUUUGUUGACGUCUCUGAGGACCUUGAGGGCUUCGGGAGCCCUGAUGACCACUACGAUGUCGCUGUGGAACGACCUGAGGACGAUGGUACUGUCCAUGGUGCUCAGAACCAAGCACAGGGUAACUCUGGAUCGCUGAGCAGUACUCGGACCUUGCAACACAAAACCUCGACGUCGAGCAUGGGCACAGCUGCCACACCGGCCGCGAGUGUAACCGCCGUCCCACGGAAGAAGAACACGGGCGAGAACGCCAGGCCUGCAGGUUUGCCCGUCGAGGCAUCGCCUUUUGGCUUGUUCGGUAACCUCAGCUUGAAGGGCCCAAGAAGCAGGGCUGGAAGUGAGGAGCCGGACGGAGAGGAUAAAGGCCCUGGGAUCGCGAAUGAGAACUUCUUCAGGCCGACGCCAGCGCCCAAUGCACUCGGUCGGAGGUUGGAGAGCGCCCAGCACCAGGCGCCGGCCAUUCUCACGCGGGGGAUUAUCUCGCCCCAGGAGGCUGAGAAGUUGUUCAAGAUCUACUUCGACAACAUGAACCUUUCUGUUUCACUGCUUGACCCGGUCCUCUACACUGCUCAGCGUACUUUCUACCGGAGCCCUUUCUUGUUUACCGUUAUCUGUGCGAUUGCUUCGCGGUUCUAUUCCGAGCGCCCAGGCCUAUACGCACAGGCGAUGCAUUUUGCCCAGCUGGCAGCUGGUACGGCGCUUAUCUCAGGCAACAAGAACGUGGAGAUGUGCCAGGCGUACAUUCUCCUCAGCCUGUAUCCUGUCCCAGCAAGAAAGUGGGAGGACCAGCGCAGCUGGCUAUACCUGGGCCUCGCCAUCCGAUGUGCAACCGACCUCAACUUGCAUCUACCCACAACCGCCAAGCCGUUGAACGAGAACCACGCACGCGAAAUGCUCAACCGAACGCGUGUAUGGAUGAAUUGCCUCAACCUCGACCGGUCAACAGGCUCGCAGUACGGCAAGCCACCAAUCAUCAGUCCCAAAGACUACAUUGCAAACCACUGCGAGAACUGGUGGCGCGAUUCCCCGUUCAAUCUGCGGCAUUUCGACAUCCAUGUAUCCGCGUACAACUCGGAGCUGAAGGUCAUGGCAGCGUUUAUUGCUCAGAUUUACAGCAAUCCGGACCAUCCGACUGGAUUAAACAAGGAUGUCGACUUUGAGGCUAUUGCAACUGCGACAGACGACGAACUCAAGGCGCUCGGUGAUCGCUGGUUCUCGAUCAUCGGGCAGACCGACAUGACUGACCCGCAGAACUCGUUCCGCACGGGCUUGCUCCGCCUCGCCUACAGCUACUCGAGGCUUAUCGCACUCUCGUAUGGAUUCCAGCAUGCGUUCGGGAAGAGUGAUGGGAAGGACGAGAACCCUUUCUUGGUGCGGUGCUUGAAAGCUGCGUCAGACGUUGUCGAUGCUGUCGUAAACGACAUCUGCCGCCCGAGCCAACUGCACUUCUUCCGCCACGGUCCGGAGGCUCAAAGUGUAUUCGUUACAUUCGCUUCAGCUUUCCUUGUCAAGCUCCUGCAACCCAAAUUUGCCUCCUACCUUACGACAGACCAACGGGUGGACAUCCGCAAUCUGGUCCAGAAGGUUAUCGACCUGCUCGGCUCGCCAGAGGUGGCCAUCGACGAACGCCACGGACCGAAGCUGUACUCUCGCUUCCUCGAAAAACUGCUCGCGAAGCCCAUGGCGCGGCUCGACCCCAUGUCACCUGGGUCCGCUGCCUCCUUGGCCAGCACCACAUCGUCGCAUAAGCACCGCCGACUCAAGUCUGCCUCUGCCACUGUCACGCACACACCCUCCACGUCCACGUCUUCCCUGCCGGGCCAGACCCCCGACUCCUCCGCUUCGAUGAACUUCGACAUCCCCACGCAGGUGUACAACCACCCUUCACCCUCAACGUCAUCCUCCCUCUCGCCGCCGCCCACGGAGGCUGCACUGUCAUUUGAAAGCUUCGCUCCCAUCAACGGGUACGAUCCGUUCGGUCCGGAGAGCGUAAUGGGCACUAACGCUGCUGCUGCGAUAAGCUCCGCGAACGGCGCAAACGGUGCAGGUGCUGAAGGAAUGGCUCUCUCGGGCGACUUCUUCAGCCCAUCGUUGGCUUUCGAUGACGAGAUUAUGCAGAGCGUGCAGUCGCUAUCGGAUCCUAAUGGGUGGCACGAUGUUCCCCUACCUGGCUUCAACUGGAUGACGCAGUUCCAACAAAAUCUCGGUCUUGACCUCAAUUCAUCCGGCAUGUACAACCAGAACAUGAACUUCAUGACCGGUCCGGCCCAAUGA